AUGUCUUCGGAGGGGGAGCCGGAGCCUUCCGCUGGAAAUAGUCCAGAAGCAGCAGUGGCGGCGGCGGCGGCUGCAACUACAGAUGCUAGAGAGGAGCAAAGACCAAUCAAGCAAUCUUUGAGCUCUUCACUGUGCAGAGAAUCUCACUGGAAGUGUCUCCUUCUCUCAAUUCUGAUAUAUAGUUGCCUGGGGGCUGUAGCUUGGUGCCAACUCACACAAGUCACUAAGCUCAGUUUUGAUAGUUCUUUCAAAGGCAAGUCUAUGAUUUACCAUGACAGUCCUUGUUCGGAUGGCUAUGUGUAUAUUCCAUUAGCGUUCCUUGUUAUUCUUUAUGUGGUUUACUUGGUGGAAUGUUGGCACUGCCGUACCAAAAGUGAACUUCAAUACAAAGCUGAUGUGGAAAGUGUCUAUGACCGAAUUGCCAGAAUGAAACAGGCCACACCAUGUAUAUGGUGGAAAGCCAUAAGCUACCACUUUGUCCGACGGACAAGGCAAGUGACUCGGUACCGCAAUGGUGACGCUUAUACAACAACUCAGGUUUACCAUGAGAGAGUCAACACCCAUGUGGCUGAGGCAGAGUUUGACUACUCCCACUGUGGAUUCAAAGACAUAUCUAAAGAACUCAUGGGCCUGGAAUGGUAUUCCACCACAAGGCUAAAGUUCACGAAAUGUUUCAGCUUUGCCAACAGGGAAUCUGAGAAUUCUUACUUAGCACAGAGAGCUCAUUUCUUCACAGAAAUAGAAGGGCUGGAUGAUUACAUGGAGAUCAGAGAAGGCAUGAAACUCAAAAAUAUAGACUUCAAAGAAGUCAUGAUGGCUUAUGGAGACCCAGGGCAUCUUCCUUGGUAUACAUCCCACUAUGCUUUCUGGGUGGCUGCUUUGAUGAUGAUUUCAUGGCCACUGAGAGUCUUCAUAGAAUAUCAGACUGCACACGUACACUACCAUGUGGAGAAACUUGUUGGGAUGGAGUACAGCGUGCCCCCUGUGGCAGAGGAGCCCCUCUAUAGAUACCGAAUCCCCAGGGUAAGCAGUCAGGACAGUACUGAGCUUGAGUGGAACAUCUGCACCAAUCGCCAGCUGAUUCCCAGCUAUUCCGAGGCCAUGCUCAUGGACCUGACCCAUUCUUCCAUAUGCAACAGUUACUCCAUUUGCAGGUACAACGAAAUCACUCGUGGCUGUGAUACUUGCCAUCAUGCCUCCAGUACCUCCUCUAUCUUUUCUCGCCACGAUGGAAGUGCAAACUCACAGCUCUCGCUGAACACUAGCCGCUUCUCCUUAUGCCAGCUUCAUGGCUCUCACAGGACAGGACUCUGGAGAAGUCACAGCAGCAGCAUCACUGACCGCGGUUGCCAGGAUGACCAGUGCUGCUCCCACUCUAGCCAACUGGUUAUCAAUGAAAACCCACCCACUUACCAUGAAGCUCGUUUUUUCCCAGUACUAAUUGUGCAUAGGUCAGAGGGUCAGGAAAGGAGGAACUUCUGUCUUCGCCGUGCUUCCUGCCUGGAGACCUCACUCUGA